CAAUCAGCUGUUGACCUUGUGUUUAAUCAAGUUCUUGUCGUGAAACAUCUUUUACCGAUCAAUCAAUUUGAAUAUCGCUUCAUUUUACACAGUUUUUUACCCCCAAAAACCUGUACCUUAAGUGACGUGUUAUGUUAUCAGUCAUUUCGGAAACUCACUGGCUCUCUGUCCUAUUUCCGUCAUGAUGUAACACCCAAGUGUUUUUCCUGCCGAAGUAAGGUUAUGUGUGAAUUAACUCUCCAAUAUUUAUGUUUUGAGGUGCUACAACAAAUGUUUUAGAGAAGCUUUUUAACUCCAGUCAUAUUUGUCGCCUUCUAUUUUCAUGAUGGAAGAAACCGCAGACUCCAAAGACAAGACCGCCAACUCCUUGAAGGAUCUUGCCGAUGACAAUGAUAGUCAGCUAAAAAUUGACUCUCUUUCAAAACUAGUCGCCCAACUCGAAAAUGAAAACAAAAAGUCAGCUGAAGAAUUUGGAGCCCAGCGUGCUCAAAUGAAAGUUAUAUAUCUCCAGAAAGAAGAGGAGCUGAAGAAACAGGCAGCUGAGCAAGAGCAGCUGAAGGAAGAAAUCAAAAGACUUCAGACAGAACUUGACGAGACGAGGAGUCAAUUAACAGCUGUCAGUUUAGAGACUGAAAGCCUUGAGUCUCAAAAGCGCACAUAUCAGGAUGAAAUUUCAUCGCUUCAGCAAAUAGUAAAUGAAACAAUCGAUGAGUCGACUCUUUUAACGCGAAAGAAUGAAGCCCUUGAGGCAGAAUUAGCUGAGAUCAAGGGUCAAUCAACCCGUGUCGAAAUUGAUAAAGACGGAGCUCCGUUAGCUGCAGCUGGCGCCAUGAUCCAAACGUUUGCCCGUAAAGUGACCAACCAGAUCUCUAGCCAACUCAACUCAGACUCAUCAGCCGUCUCUGUGGCCACAAAUACUUCAAGUUCAUUUCUCUCACCUACCGGUGCACUUACUGAAAGCCUAGAAGAGUCUAUGCGGAAGGUAAACAAAUAUGCAAAAGAAGAUUCUGAAGUUCUAAGAUCUCUGCUGGUGCCUCUGGAAGAAGAAAUUGAACUUCUGAAGGAUAAAUUAAGAGAAAUGGACCAAGAAGUGAACAAGUACAAAAGUGAGCUGAGUUGCGCUAACCAAGAGCUCAACAAAUACAAGGGAGAGAAUGGCAUUUCAAGUGACGCAAUUGAAACGACCACUCCAAUUGUCCACGAUCUAACAAAUUCUACAAAUAGCACCGAUUCCCUCUUGUCAAUGAAUCAUACCAAUAGUCAAAAUGAGAAUAUGAAGAAACUAGAAUCAUCUCCAAAGAUAAUCGCUAAAAUAGGUUCUGCAACAUCAGUUGCAUCUUCGGGCGUUUGCAACAUGUGCGAAAACUACGAAGCUCAACUAGUCGCAGCCCAGGAGCGGAGUAGAGAUCUCGAAAAACAGUUGUGUACUCUGGAGCGGUAUAAGGAAGAGCUGAGCAAGGAGACAGCAUUCAGGAAGGACAUGGAAGAGAAGUGGAACGAAAAGAAAGAGGAACACAAACUACAGAUUCAAGAACUACAGAAGAAAGUUGAGGAAGCAGAUAAAUCUUUGAAAGAAUUAAAGCAUAUUUACAGUACGACCAAGUCUGAAGUCACUCAGCGGCUGAGUAAGCUCGAUGAAGAGAGGAGGCAAACAGAAGCAAGACUGAAUCAUUUACAAAGAGAAAACGAAAAUCUAGUUGGGAAACAUAGCAAACGCUCAAGUGAGCUGCAAAGUGAGAUGAUCAAUUUACCAGAUGUUGUUCCUGAAUUACAAGAAAUGCUUCUUCGGCGUCUUGACGAUUUAAUAGCUGCUAAGGUUGGGCAAGAAAAAGCAGAAGAAAUGGUUGAGAACCUCAGAUACGAGGCGAAUAUGCUGCGAGAGCAGUUGGAAUCUGCUCAAAAGAACCAAAUAUGCUCGGAACAACGAUUGCAGAGUACAAUUCACAAUCUUGAGAGCAAUUUGCACAGAGCAGAAAGUGAGAAGCAACAGUUGUCCGCCCAAUUGAAGGAACUGGAGGCUCGCGUCAUAAGUUUACAACAAGAAACGGAUGACUUGAAGUUAGAGUAUGACAAGGCUGUUGAAGCUAGGGGGACUUUGGAAUAUGAACUGAAGGAAUCGCGGAAGAAAAUCACAGCACUUCAAAUAGAUUUACAAAUGUGUGAAAGAACUCAGAAGGAUUUUGUCCAGCUUUCUCAAUCCUUACAACAAGAGCUGGAAAAAAUCAGAGAAUCUGACAAUCAAGUGCGGUGGGAACAUGAUGAAGAUGUCGAUGAGUGUCACAAUUGCAAAGCACCGUUUUCAGUUACCAAAAGAAGACAACACUGCCGGCAUUGCGGUAGAAUAUUCUGCACUGCGUGUCUCUCUCACCAAGUCAAAAGCGGGCCUCAUCAGCGACCUUCGAAAGUGUGCGGAAUCUGUCACACACUCCUAGACCGUGAAACUGCCCCGUUUUUCAGCACAGACCCUCCUAUACCUCACUAAUUUUUUAGUUAUUUAGUUUUUAAGCCACCCAGAAACAAAAUCUCUUAAGCCAAAGACAUUAUGACCUAAACAAGAGGGCGCAAUCAAAGUCACCAGCUGUAGUGUGGCAAAAAAUCAUUCAAACUCCAAUCUGCAAUAGUUCCUGCUUGUUCUUCAAACUGUGUGCUGUAACACUUAAGUUAUCUGUGCAGAAGCUACAUUUUUCUUGAAAAGUCAUUCAUCAGAAGGGGUUUUUACAAAAUGAUUUACUCUAAUAGUGCUCACUGAAAUCAGAAUUUGAAACCUCUUAACACAUUUUUCGAACGUGCGAAGGUCAUUCAGAAAGUUAAGUCUCCUCUUGUUUUUCUUGCACUCUGAUGAUGGUAAAAAUAAAACUGCUGUAGCAAUGGGUUUCAUCUAUUUCGAACGAAAUUUAACCAAGAAAACUGAGGUUUAAUGUAAGCCCUUGUUUUUUUUUGUUUUUUUAAAUCAAACUGAAAAGAACGCUAUUUAUUUGAUUUUGGCUCUCUCAGAAGAUCGAAUUUGGCAUCAAGCCGCGCGAUAUUCUCAUCACAGAGAGCCGUACAACCAAGAACAAAUAACGAAAAUAAAACGGGUAUGCCUUGUCAGGCCAGGCAUCUAGUUUCCCUAACCAGUCUUCCUGUCCCUAGGAAAAGCAUAAAUGAGUAAAUAAGUGAGUGGCAGUCAAACAGCAGGCGUGCCAGGGAGGUGCCGUAGCUCGCAGCUAAACACAGGCGUGCGCGCCAAAGGUAGCCAAACUUCAGGCGUACCCUUACGACGUUAAGUGCAAGAAGGGUCAGCCAAACAGCCGUUGUGCCUGGGAGCUGUGGACAGGAUGGGACUGUGAUGACUACUCGCUGAAAAGCUGAAGAGCUGGAGCUUUUAUAGGUGUUAUUACAUAAUGAUUGCGUAAUGGUUGCAUAACGGUCAUGUUGCAUGACACGUGCCGAUCUAAAUUACAUAACUGAAUGCCUGGCUUUACACUAACCGAACUUAACUCAACUUCAAAAAUCGAAGGGGUCCCUGUCCCCAACACAAACUAUGGGAACCUUCAGGAAAGAAAUUUUUCCACGCCGUUAUCAUCCAUCUCUUUGAAGUCUUGAAUAAAUUUGGGAAUCCCUCGGUCAAAGAAUUCAGCAGGUCGUCUAUUAAACCCGUUUAAGAUUAAAGGUAGGUUAAGAGUUUGCACCUUCCAGGCAGUCUCUGUUAGAAACUCACCAAGACUUUAUUUUAAUUUUGUACAAAAAUAAAAGUUAAGAGGUUUAAGAUUAAAACUGAACGUGGGAUGAGGAAAAACUUUUCAAGGAGGGUUUGUCCUAACCAAAAGGUCGGUCAAGUUGUGACGUGAGGGCUGACUAUAUCGUGAUGUAAAUGCUUACCCCAAGUGAGUAAACUCUGUCAAUUAUUCUGAAUUCCUUGUUGCAAUUCUUAAAGCAACUCUCUAUCAUAUUGGCAUAAAUGAUGUCAUCAUGAGGUAAAGUAUAAAAAAAAUUACAUUUUUUCUGUCUCGGCACGUUUCGUAACACAUUUCUCAUCCUCCUUUGUAGUCGAAUUUGACGGUGCAAACGGCAACCGCAACACUGGAAACGUGCUCGCUUGAAUGUUACCAUGGUCCAAUUUCGAAAAAAUUAAAGCCAAUUGAAUUAAGAACCCAACGAUUUAUUCAGGUUUUUCAUAAACAACUAUGGCUCUUCAGAGAAACAAAAAGACUACAUUACUUUCUAAUGACCCUCGCGCUUUAUCAUUUGCAGCUGUGAUGUAAAUUUUUAAGAAUUAUGGAAUCUUCCAAAAACUUUAAACAUUUUUAUCUUUCGAAUGAGACUUCUAGAUACUGUCUAUUCUACCUAUAGGUGGAAUCAGGAAUUUGUUUUGCACAAAGCAUAGGAGGUUAGAGUGCCCUUCUUUGCUCCACCGCAAUAAGGAAAACAGUCUCACGUGUUUGUUGUCAACAUUAUCUUGGGAAGUGUUGAUAGUUUCGCACAUGAUUAUAUCGGAAAACUUAAGGUAAUUCAACCCUCAGACUGCCUCAAAUUUACUAUGGAAACUCAAUGGACCACUGGAUUAGGUACGAAUUUUAAACUUUCUGAUUUAUGUUUCUGUUUCAAAAUUUCACACAAAACACGAUUUUUGAAACGAAAAUUACUAAAAUUAGCUUGCAACUAAGACUCUAUCAUUUUUAUGUAGCAUUGGUUACGAACAGUUUGAAUUUUCCACUCACAUGAUAAAUCAGAGUUUAUUGUGAAUCAAAUUGCUACCUGAAAUUUUGAUGAGAGACUAUGUAUUUUAAUGCUUAAAUUCAGCAGGCAGUUCUUUUUAGCAGGAGGGGUGUCAAAUGAUCGUUAGGAUAAUUUGUUGAUUGAGUCUUUUUAGUUUAUAACAUAUGUGAUAUCAAUAAUAAUGUAGUUUAGUAUUCAAAGUAGCACAUUUGAUAUCACGUUGCUGUGAGGAAGACUUUAAUCCCUCUGAUGGCGUAAAAAAUAGAGAAAGAGAAAGGAAGCCGAAGUUUCUGCUCCCAAAAAUCCAGUCAAAUCAUUUAGAGGUUGGAUAAUCUGAGUUUCUAUUGACAUUGUUGGAAACCUUUUGACUUCAAAAGGAUCUUGUCCUUACUAAGGUGUCUUUUUUUUAUUUGUCAAAUAACUUUCUGGUUUUGUCAAAUUUUUAACUCAAAGCGUUUCUCAGCCUUUUUUUUUUUGUUUAUCAUGCCAAGAGAACAUUUUCUUGAAAAUUUUAUCGAAGAAAAAACUUAUAAAUCAAAACAUUUUCUCUUGUCAUCUAAUUGGUCUCGAAAACCAAGUAGUCGUUUCAUUCCUAAUCAUAAAUACUCGUUUUUAACCAUUUUAAUUUACUUCUCUCUAUCUUGUUUCUAAUAAUCAUCAAUGUCUCAUAUGAUUCAAGCGUUGAUGGGAUAGUGUCAAGAAAGCUUGCUUAGUGAUUUGUCGAUGACAGUGCAGUGCUGUGCUGUUUCAAAUUUAUUUUUUUAAUUAUCUUUCCUACUAUCUCUCGUGCACCUUGCUGUAAAACGCGCUCACCCGUACGUGUGGUUAUAAAUAUUUAAAUUUUAAAAGAGUACAAGGAUUAGUGUUAAAUUUUAUUUUUAUGGGUAGGUGAUUAGAGUAUGAAUCUGUGGGAUCGUUCUUGUGAAAAAUAAAUUUCGAUUACUGUAAAAAUCGCGGAAGUUAUACUGCAGAUCUAACUUUCAUUGAAUAUACAUAGCUUUAAAUAAUUCCUAUGGCAAAUUAUCAAAAUUUCCUGAAAACUCGUAAUCUCAAGAGCAUUGUGAUUUCUAUCCAUCUGUAUGUCUUUUUUUUUUUUUUAAAAAAAAAAAAAAAUUUCUUAUCCUAGCCAGAGGGAGAGAGUAUUGUGCAACCACCAAUUUUUUCUUGGCGAAGUCUUUGAGGCAGCUAUAGUGAAUUUUUAUUCAAAAAUUUUUGUUCCAACUUUGACUACCGAAAAGAUGGUCUUCAAAAAAUGUCUAAAUCCAUAGAUUUUUAACUUAAAAAUCAUCCAAUUCUCAGGAUCAAUCACUUUUGGGUCGAUCACCUUAUUUCAAUGACAUAUUUAUUUAAAUAUGACCGUGAAAAAGACCUAUCUUAGCUCAGUAUUUGAGCGUACCAUUUGUUGCAUAAAAGGCUGUGUGUUGGACUAACCAUAAACUUAAUUGAUAACUUCAUCUUAUUUGUCAAGGCAAUAACCCGACUUUUAAAUUUGAUUUGAUCUAUUCCAAUCUAUACAGUUAUGCUCCUGUUUCAAUUUUAAAAUUCUGACUCUAUGAUCAUGAUCAACCUGUCAGUCUGGGAAUUGGGAAUUAUAUUGUUUUAUUCAAACAUUUGUAUGAAAAAGCCAAUAACCCUAACUACAUCUUACCAAUGGAAGAUAUUGAUGAAAUUCAAGUCGGCAAUUGCAUUGCUCCCAAUGUAAUUUACAGUUUUUGAAACUUUUUAUCUUGUGCCUGGUGUUAUUCAUCAUAACCAAUUUUUUUACGCUCUAAAAACUCCUCUUGAGAAUACUAAAAAUUAGAGUGAAUUAACUCAAAUUUUCCAAAAAUGUUGGUUAUGUUCCUUUUGUUCUUAUCCAUAUUUUUAUGAUAGCUUCGAUGGCACCAUAAUUGACAAUGGUUAGGAAAAAGAACCAAUUGACACAGACUUUGAACUGCGAAAAAUAGGCCAAAGUUUCAUUUCGUCAUGAGGCCAAUGGAAAAAACAAGCGUCAAGUCAAAUUUUUGUAUUCUCUGUAUCAUGUCGGACUUUUCAUGGUCCGCAGGAGAAUUUACGCCUCUCCACAAGUGCAGCAUUAUGGCCGAGUCAGUUUUUUCAAAGUUUACUUGGUUACCUUUGGCUGGACACUGCCCAAAUGCUUUGCAUUUUUCACUGUAAGAGAGUGAGCUCCAUAACAAACUUCUUGCUGACUAUUUUAAGAAUCAAAUGAAUGGUGCACUAAUUUUUUUUUCGAAGUUCAAACAUUGUUGAUACUAUAGAUUUCGAAAGGAAAACAUGAAUUUAUCAUUCCCUUGGUUUAUUUGAUAGUUAUUUGACACAAAUAUAAAAAUAAUCAUUUCCUCCUUAAUUGUAGAGAUAAAAAGAAGGUGCUUGCAUUCCUGACAUCUUAGAAAGAGGUUGAUGACAUACAUAUAAGUAGGUACAGACAUUUUUGUCAUCCAUUUCCCCAAAAAUGCUCUGGCCUAUGGAAAAACUUGUACUCACAGAAUUGUUUAGAAUUAUAGUUGUUGACGGAUUACACUUAAAAGCGGUCGAUGUGGUCCAUUUUCCAUGCUACAAAUUUUGGAUUUAGCAGAUACAUUGAUGUCAUAUGGGACUCACCCCCGUCAUGAUGUGAGCAAUUCAGAAAUUAUAACCACCCUCUUCCUACUUUUCAGCAGGUUUUUAUAAAUCUUGUUCAUUUUCAUCAAGAAAAAUGAACUGAUGCCAUAAAACAAUUUCUAAGUCUGAAAAUUUUUCAGGGCCUCAUGAUGCGUUUGAAUUAAAAUUUCAAAGCUCAAAUUUCAGAGGCGGUCUCUUACAAUACAUCAAAUCAUAUUGUAGCCGUGAAUUAAUUUGAAAGCGAUCAUGUAUGUAGUUCAGUACCUAUUGCAAUAUUUUCUAAGAUGUUAGUUGACCUAUUUUUGUUGAAUUCAAUUCGCAGUAAGACAAAAAAACUUCUGCGAAAAAUCAGUUAGAGCACUGUAAAAUCAGAGUCACUUUUAGUGUCGGUGCUCGAAGCUAAAAAGAUACUCCCGUAUGAUGGAUCUACAUUGAAAAAUUUUCUUGUAAUCUGUAUUUCAUAUACCUCUUCAUGAGGUAUUACAAUUUUUUCUUUAUUGUGAUUGUAAACUGUUGCUUGGAAAAAGUUUUGCCUGGGAUAUGUGGUUUUCUUGCUUGUAACAGCAUGAGAUAUCUCUCAAUGAAGGUCUCUGUGGCUGGGAUAUCUUGUGAUCUUAUUUUUAGUUUCUCCCCUCGAUGACUGUGUUAUGUACUGCAUUACGAGAUAAAUCAGUUUUAAUCUUAUUCCUUGUCAGUUUAAUUUUAAGUGCGUAAUUCCUUUUUAUUUGCUAUUUGAAUUAUUUUUUAUUGAUUGUCAGUGAGUUUUUGUUCGUCCUGCACGUUGUUAUCUCAUAUGUCUUGUUUGUUAUUUGCUGAUGAGUAUAUAGUUUAUUUUUUAAAAAAGAGCUCCAUACUUUUAUGUCUUUGUAAAUAAUUAAAUAAAUUAUGGAAAAAA